CCUAGUAUAAUAACACUUUGUUCUUAUAGCAAGAACAAGUUCUAAGCGCUUCCAUCGCACUCGGGCAGUUAAUUAUCAAUGUAUUUAAUCAAAUUCAACACAAUCCCACUAUAAUUCAUGUGGGUUUAUUUAUACUUCAUCAAACCAUCGAAGUAUUGACUGUGUUCGUACAUGCUGGCAUGCCUAUAUGAAGGCACAUGUAUGUAGACGGUAUGCUUGGUUCUAAAACUAUAGGCUAAGCAAUUUGAUAAAUUGAUAUAUGCUACUCACAAAUUAGAAGCAUGCUAGAUAUUUCAAGCUUCGUCAGCUUGAUUAUGCUAAGAAAAAAGUCUACUGGUUAUUCUGAAACAUCGUGUCCAAGUUUGAAAGGGAAACCAUACACGCGUAAGUCAAUGGAAGCUGCUGAAGUUUCCAAGCACAAUCAAUCCCCUAUUUAUUAUACCAAAUUUACACGUUAGAAGUUAUCAGGUUCCAUCUAAAGAGGUCUCCACCCGCACAAGAUAUGCCUGAACUUCCAAAAUUGCCUGAAAAAAUACAGAGCAAUCCAACAAAGUAACCGCGUCAAUGGACGCGGCCAAUAUCUCCAACUUCGAUGUCCCUCUUGGUGCUAAGACAAAUUCACACCUACCCAACUAAUCAUCUUCUUACAAUCCCUUCUUAUAUAUACACUCACGAACACAUUCAUAGCAGACCAAAUCAUAUCUGAACAAUCUCAGAGUAGUCGUUUUAUCUCUCACAGCACAUUUGUCUACUCUCCUUUUGUUUUCUGACCAACCAGAACAACUCUGUAAUGGCAGAGAAACAAGCUCAUUUGAAUGGGGCCUCUUAUGGUCCGUCAAUCCCACCUCCGCCACACUACCACCGCCCUGGCCGUGGUUCUGACUGUGGCUGCUGUUGUUUCUUGGCCUUCCUCCUCAAAGUCAUCAUCACCGUGGCCAUGCUUAUUGGGCUUUUCAUCCUUAUUAUCUGGCUCAUAUUUCGUCCCAUUAACAAGGUCGAAUUCCAUGUCACAGACGUUGCUUUAACUCAGUUCAACUACACCAACAACAUGCUCCAAUUCAACCUUGCUGCCAACAUCAGUAUCCGCAACCCUAACAAAAAGAUUGGAAUUUACUAUGAUAGGAUAGAGGCCAGGGCAUUUUAUGACGACCAGAGGUUUGGCUAUCAUGCCUUGACUCCAUUCUAUCAAGGACACAAGAACACAAGUGUCUUGAACGUAGUUUUUAAAGGGCAGCAAGCAGUUACCCUUCAAGGUGAAGAGUUGACACGGUUUAAUCAAGAAAGAACAAGUGGGUUAUAUAGUAUUGCCUUGGAGUUGUCCUUGAGGAUUAGAUUUAAGCUUGGUAAGGUCAAGACUGCAAGGUUCAAGCCCAAGGUUGAGUGUGACGAUUUGAAGAUUCCUCUGAACGGAUCUCCUGUUGCUGGGAGUAAUAACAAGUGCGAGAUCAAGUUUUGAUGAUCAUCAUGGUCGCAAAGCCUCAUCUUAAUAUUUGAUUCAAUCUUUGAUUGGUUUUGUUUGAUAUUAUUACUAUUUUUUUUUUACCCUUAUCAUGCUUUUAUGUUCAUAGUCAGAGACUAUAUUGGAUUUUUUUUUUCUUUUCAUUAUGUUGAUGUAUAUAAUUAAUAGAUAAUGAAUUUAGUAUUUCUCUGAGAUGCAUACCACUUGUUAAAAUCAUUACUAAUAACAUAAGAAACACCCUCUUAUUAGCUUUGAAUAAACCAUCUAAUUAAUCGGCCAUUUUAAAGAGAUGUGAAUCUUGAGCGGCCAUCAUGGAUUCUUCAAUAUUUCACAGAAGAAACGACAAGGGAAAAGAACGACCAAAGAAACUAGCUACAGCAAAUCAGUGCUGCUUGUAGCAGACUUGUCAAGGCAAAACCCGCAUUGCAUGAAGAUUAUGUGCCAGAGAGUAAUCAGUAAGGUUGUACAAGAGAGAUCAUCAAGAUCUUAUGAUUUCUCCUUGAGGCUUUAUUUGAAGCGAGAUUCACGAAGACUUUAAUUUUUAUAUUUUCAUAAAAACUAAUGUUUUAAGAUAGAGCAAUUUAUGCCGGUGUAACGCCAAAAAUGUCCUUUGAAUAAACCAGCCUCUAAUCAACUAGUGCUGAUAUUUAUUAAUAGCGUAUUUGGUAAGGGUGGUUGGUGCGUCUGUUUCGUGGUGACAAUAAACAAGGGGUUGAUUUUAUUGCUAUAUGUUGUGAAUGUUAUGAGGGGAUCUUCAUAUGCACAAGGAAAUAAUUUGGACAUAAACAAUAAAAGACAUUAAUCUCCUAGAAUUAAUUAAGGUGUAUCAGUUAUAGAAACUAGAAUAAUAAAGAAUCAAUUAUCUUGCCGAGAGCAGAUAAUAAAUAAAUA